AUGGAUAACAUCAAUAUCGACUUUUUGAAUUUCGAACCUACAUUCCAUCAGUUUGCAGACAACAGCAAAAUUGAUGAAAAUUAUUUUCUUGACACAAGCUUCAUACCAAACUCAGACAAAUUCCUCGAGUUUCCCCUAAAACCAACGUUAGAUUUAAGCCUUGACGAAAGCUUAAACAAGUUCUUACUCCCCAUAACAAACCAUUGAAAAAAUCCCUAUUUUUUUGCCCCAAGAGCCCAGCCUCUGUGAGUAACAAAAAAAUUUUUAUAUAAGGGAUAAUUAGUAUAAUGAAAUCUCUAGCUAAUUCUGUUUAAUUUUAAACAAAUUGCAUUUUAAAAACAUAAAUUUUAGAAAAUAAAUAAAUAUUUGAUUUCCAAUUUUUGAGAAUUAGGAAUUUUUUUAAAUCUCGAAAAAAAAUGUACUAAAAAUUAUAUAUAAAUUUCUAAAGAAAAAUAACCCUCUCUGUGAGAGAACAAAAUUUUUUUGUUCGUUGAUGCAGUUAGAACAAAAGCCUCAGACUCCAGAUCCCGUUUCUUACACUUCGAAUAGAAAAAGAGGCAGGAAGCCCAUAAGGCCUAAUGAUCCAAUCAAAAAGAAAACAGAAGAAAAAGACAAAUAUUGGCUGAGGAGCUUUCGUUCUUAUAUAGCAGAUGAGUAUUCUAACUUCAAAGAUAAGCUUAAUUCUGAAGAAAAUUCAUUCUGGAUUAUCUAUUUAUCCUCCAAAGGUAAGCCAGAUAAAGGAAAUAAAUUUUUAUAGUAUUUUGUUAUAAGAUAGUAAUAAAGUAGAAUAAUGAGAAAUCUUAAUCAGUUUUCUUAUUCUAUGGCUAAUUAGAAAUAAUAGCAUAUCUUAUGGUCGCCGAUAUAAAAAUUAUUUGUUCUCCCAACCGUCAUUUGUUAAAUAUUUCCAAGAGUGAUUCACAAAUUUCGCCUCACAAGAGUUAUCAAGAAAAUGCAAGCCGGGGACAGACCUUUGGUUCGUAUUUUACGAUUAUGGGGCCAAUGAUCUAUACAAUUAUGUCCCUCACGAGAGCGUACGUAAGGAGAGUUCUUCAUCAUAUGAUAUGAAUUAUGAUCAAGCCGAAAAUCAAUUAGACUUCGUGGACAAUGAAGCAUUUAUUGAAUCACUAUUCGAUCAGAUGUAA